AUGGGUAACGAAGAGUCCACCAUGCUGGACGAGAGCGUCCAGCCCAAGACGCUGCAGGCGCGCACCCUCGAAGCUGUCGCCGAUUACAUCAAGUCCGGCAAGGUCAAGAAGAUUGCCGUCAUGACUGGCGCCGGCAUUUCCACCGCCGCAGGCAUUCCCGACUUCAGAUCCCCUGGAACUGGCCUCUACGCCAACCUCGCGCGCCUGAACCUCCCUUACGCUGAGGCCGUCUUCGACAUUUCAUACUUCCGCAAGCACCCCGAACCCUUUUACUACCUCGCCAAGGAGCUCUACCCGGGUAAGUUCUACCCCACAGUCUCCCACGCCUUCAUCGCCCUGCUCGCCAAGAAGGGCCUGCUGCAGAUGAACUUCACGCAGAACAUCGACUGCCUCGAGAGGCGUGCCGGCGUCCCCGACGACAAGGUUAUCGAGGCCCACGGCAGUUUCGCCACGCAGCGCUGCAUCGAUUGCGGCGCCGUGUUCCCCGCCGACCGCAUGCAGAAGCACGUUCAGGACGAGGUUGUCCCCAAAUGCGACACCUGUGGCGGGCUUGUGAAGCCGGACAUUGUCUUCUUCGGCGAAGCCCUGCCGGAGUCGUUCCGGAACAACACCCAUCUGCCUGCCAUGGCCGACCUCAUCAUCGUCCUGGGCACUAGCCUCUCGGUCUACCCCUUUGCGGGUCUGGCCGAGGCGUCGCGGUCUGGAAUCCCUCGUUUGUUGCUGAACAGGGAGCGUGUGGGGCAGAUGGGUCGGAGAGCCGACGACGUCGUCGAACUGGGUACCUGCGAUGCCGGAGUACGGAAGCUUGCCACCCUGCUCGGCUGGGGCGACGAGCUGGAGGACCUUUGGCGUAGCAUCGUCGGCGAGAAGGAGGCCGCGAGACAGCUCGCAUCGGCCGCGAACGAGGGCGAGGCCGACCUCGAGGAGGAGAUCCGCAGGGUCACCGAGGGCGUCGAUACCGCCCUAAAGCUGGACGACGACAAGAAUGCUACCAAUAAGCCCGCUGAGAAGCCUUUGGAAGAAUCAGAUCAAGUAGGACUCCCGUCCAGGCCGGACGGCAAAAGCGAUGCCGAAGACGCGCAGAAGAGCGACCCCAAGGGUGUCGCCUCCCGGAUGUCCAAGGCUCUCAAGGGCGAGGCAGAGAUCGGCACGGACAUCAAUGACGACCGGGGUCGCGAGGGGAGGAUCAUUGAUGGCUCCCAGGGCGCGCCCCAGGACGCGCAGGACUUCCGCAUCGAGGCCAAGAAGAAGAUCCAGCUUGCGCUGCAAGGGAUGGCCACCCCGCUCGAUGAGGUCGCCGUCGUCUUCGACUCCAAGGCGCCCGUUGCCGAGAUGAAGGAAGCGGACCCCAAGAACCAGGACAAGCUCACGGGCGUGUCGCGGUACGAACAGAAACCCGCUUCGGGUACCGAUGUCAACGCCGAGGGGUACUUCCCCCCUUCGAAGGAGGCAAGCAGUCUCGAGUCCCAGGUCCCAAAGACGGCUUCGACGACACAGGCGCAAACUACAAUCGAAAAGAAGGAAGAACCGUCGUCAUUGACGGGGCCAGAGGAGAAGUCACCAUCGGACGGCACAGAGCCAUAG